GUUCAUAAGUAGGAUGGAGUCUGUAGUAUAUCCAAUUGAUUGUAAAUUUGUUGUUGUUUCAGCUAUGGCUGUGGAAACAUCCUUGCCUUGGCCAGCCAGCAUCCCAGAGCUGAAGCGUUUGGAUGAGUUACUAAGGUGUGGCAUCUGUUAUGAAUUCAUGUCCACAUCCAUGGUGACCGUAUGCUCUCAUAAUUUUUGUUCCAUGUGCAUACGUCAGUAUUUGGGUUAUAAGACCCAGUGCCCAGCCUGUUUCCAAGAGACAACUGGUCAGCAGCUGCGCAAUAACAGGCUUUUAGAUGAAAUUAUACUUCUUUUUCCUGCUUUGAGGGACAAGACAGCUCGUCAGUGUCAAUCGGCAAAAGGGAAUACAAUAUCAGGGUAUCUCGUGAAAGAAGAUGACAGUAACGACAGCAGUGGCUCUGCCAAUGCUGAUGUUAAUGUGUUGUCCCCUGAUGUCAGAAGUAAAUUAAAGAGAGAGGAUUAUGCAACCCCAUCUCAGGCAACAUCAUCUGACGAUUUGCUCAGUACACCUAGGUCUUCCAAAACCUCCCUUCUGACGGAGACACCAAAGAGGGGCCUUAUGAGUGCUUCUUCAAAGCGUCCCCUGGCAUCUUCGUCGUCUUCUAGCAGCAGUCGACCCAGUAAUGGCAUUUUCAUUUCUAAAUCAUCUGUUAGAUCUCCAAGCACAGUAUCUGCAUCACAGUCCCCUAGUACAUCAGCUUCGUUAUCACAAAGUGGUCGGCAAUCUGUGUCAGGUUUUUUCUCUAUUAUAGGUGAAAGAGCCGGUAGUGACACUGCUACUGAAGAACCAAAGGUAGCGUGUCCUGUUUGCAAUGUGAGGGUGCCAGAACGUAACAUAAAUCUGCAUCUUGAUGCUUGCCUUAAACGUAUGGAAGAAGGGGAUAAAGAGGAGGUAGUUUGCGUCGACCAGCAGCCGAAACGAAAGCCAUUGCCAAAGUUAGUGUAUUCACUUCUCAGCGAGAAGCAGUUACGACAAAUGUUGAAGGAAGUUGGCCUUUCCAUUCAAGGGGAUAGGCAACAGUUGUCGAACAGGCACCGAAGGUAUACCACUUUAUAUAAUGUGGAAUGUGAUGCAGCAGAACCGCGACAUGUACAGGAGAUUUUGCGUCAGGUGGAGCGUGAGGAAAAGGAAGAAACCAAAGGGCUGUCUAAAAGUAUCUUCACAUAUGACAGAAAAACUCCUGUAGAAGUUAUUGAGAAAGAGCAAGUUAAUUAUUUGAAGAAGAAUGACAAUCAUUUUGCAAAGCUUAUUGCUGAUGUCAAGAAGAGACGAGAAGAAGGUAAGAAGAAAAAGCUGAAAGAACCAAUUGAGGAAGAGCAACAUGAAGAGAAAGUAAUGUAUACUCCCGGCACAAGCAAAGCAAAGUCACGUCCGGGUUCAAAAAGUAAAACGCAAUCAAAUCAUCAUCUUUCGGGUAGUGAUAAUGAGAGUGACGGUGAUAGCUCCAAAAAAAAGACUGCUACAGGAGUUGUAGCAACAAAAUCCAUAUUAAACUUUUUCCAAAAUUCCCCCAAGAAAAGUAGCCAGUCUGCUUCUGAAAAGUCAGGUAGCUCGAAUCACAUCAUUGAAAAGUUGCCAGAUAAUUUAAUGAUUACUGAUGAUGAUGAUGAUUUUUUCUCUGAAAAUUUUGUUGAGACCAAUGAUAGCAAGUCACUGCCUUCUGAAAGCAAUGACUUUCCUUUGCUUAAAAGUGAGGCCAGUGCAGAAGAACUUAAAGUUAAUGGGUGUGCCGCUCACAUUAAACUGGAGAUGGAAGAGACUAUGAAAUGCAGUCCUGAUAUUUUUAGUGCAAGUCCUACACAUUCUGAUUGUAGUGAUGACAGUGUAAGUCUUUUGAAGGAUCAAGAAGGAGAAGUGGAGGACAUACUUCACAGUGGACCAAUGAUAAAAGAGGAAGCAGAAAAUGAAUCAGAUGAGGAAUUCAUUCCUGGAUGUCAGCCAGACUCUUGCCCUCUGGACUCACAGCCUGAGAGAUCACCAAGCCCUGCAGGUGGAAACGAGAGUUACGAGACACAACAAGUCUUCAUCUCAGACUCCACAACCUGACUUGAGUGAGUUAGGUCCAGAAACACAGGAUCUGGAGUUGGAUUCGCAGGGUGAUCCAGAGUACCAGCCAUCGCAGAUGUCGGAUGAUUUAGAUUCUCAGGAUCUACUGCCUGUGACAAGAAAGUCUAGAAGAAACUCGAGAAAACGCCAAGGAAAUGAAGAACCUGUAGAAUUACCAAGAAGUCGUCGUAGGAAAAAAUGAAGUCGAUGUAAA